AGAAAUCUUCUCCUUGUCACAGAAAGAGGAGAGUAGCAAGAUUCUCUUCUUCAUGGCACUAAUCAAGAUCUCUACGACAAGGAUUGUGUACCUGUGGGCUGCAUUGUUCUUGGUUCUUGGGAUCAUGUUUGCUACGUCACCCUCCUGCCGAGCUGCUAGCCUCUCAGGCUUCAAUUCCUGCCAGGAAAAUAAACUGCCACAACCACGAGCAGAGAUAGAUUGCAGGCAGUACCCAAUUUGCAGACCUUAUGGGUGCAUGCUUGCUUGUCGAGGAUGGGGCUACACUGGUGUUGGCUACCACUGCAUCAGCAAGAAAAACCCGAUGAAGGACGAAUGCUGCUGCGACAAAGAUCCAAGACAUGGGGCUACACCACUAGUGUAGGCUCUGUAAGAUGUGACUUUUGUGGUACAAAGAACAUGCCAAAAAAAUAAAAGGUGUUCUUAGCCUGAA